GUCCCAACGGUGGGUGCCCUUGUACUGUAGCUCGUCGCUCCGUUUUAUUCGUCCGUCUCCCUACGCCAAAAUAUAAAACCACUGUAAAAAGGAUAUCCACUUCUUCUAAGAGAUCCCACUGUAAUUAUUUCAAGCGAGUCCUUCCCUCAACCUCCCUUCCUCCUCUCGGUAUAUUGGUUGAAUCCUUGGGUUGAAGUUAUUGUUUUGACGGCGCGCCAUGAACAUCUCACAAGAGCAGACCUCGUCGCCAGCUGAGGAGCUUCAUGCCCGUGCCAGUCGACACGGACUGGACGUCUUCGGCCCAGAAUUUGCCUGUCUACUAGAUUCCCAGGAUCCUUUACGACACUUCAGAGAAAGGUUCGCCUACCCGAGGAUGAGGACUUUAAAAGAUGUGGAUAUGAGUCUGGUGAACGCCGAAGACGAGUGUUUGUACUUGUGUGGCAACUCCCUGGGCCUCAAGCCUCGGUCAGCAGAUAGACGCGUUCAGGAUCUGCUGGACAAUUGGGCCGAGUCGGGUUUGGGGAUGCACUUCCAAGAGCCUUUACCUGCUGCAUCAUGUGACCGGUACGGGCGUGAGGAGAUGGGUCGUUUGGUGGGCGCCGACCCCUCCACCGUCACCCUUAUGAACGGCCUCACAGUCAACUUCAACUUACUGCUGCUGUCCUUCUACCAGCCCACCAACACCCGGUACAAGGUCAUCAUUGAGGGUCACGCUUUCCCCUCCGAUAGGUACGCCGUGGUAUCUCAGGCUGAGCUGCGAGGGUUCGACCCCAAGGAGGCUGUGCUUGAGCUGAACCCCAGACCUGGUGAACACACACUGAGGACUGAGGAUAUACUGAAGGUGAUCAAAGACCAGGGCCCCAGCAUCGCCCUGGUGUGUAUGAGUGGAGUACAGUACUACACGGGGCAGAAGUUUGACAUAGCGACCAUCACUAAGGCGGCACACGAUCAAGGCUGCCUGGUGGGGUGGGAUCUCGCACAUGCCAUUGGGAACGUUCGUAUUAACCUGGAUGAUUGGGACGUGGACUUCGCCUGCUGGUGCACCUACAAGUACCUGAAUAGUGGGCCAGGGUGCAUAGCUGGGGCCUACGUCAACAAGCGUCACAAUGAGAGAGAUGCGCCACACCUAAAAGGCUGGUGGAGCAACAAGGAGUCCACGAGGUUCCAGAUGAAACAUGAAUGUGAUGUGGCCCAGGGCGUCGACUCCUUCAGGCUGUGUAACCCGUCACCCUUCCUUGUGGCUAUGGUCCUGGCUAGUCUUGAGAUCUUCGAGGACACAGGGAUGGAUCAGCUGCUACAGAAACAGUUCCUCCUGACGGGGUACUUGGAACUGCUCCUCAAGACCCACUGCAACACCAGUCAUAUCGGCUCACCCCGGGCCGUCAUCAUUACCCCGGAAGAUGUGAACCAACGAGGCUGUCAGCUGUCCCUCAUCUUCUCCUUCCCGCUGCAGGAAAUUCACGACGAGCUGAAGAAGCGAGGUGUUGUGUGUGACAUUCGGCUGCCCAACGUGAUGCGGAUCGCCCCGGUUCCUCUCUACAACAGCUUCCAGGAUAUUCACCGGUUUAUUCAGACCCUUCAAGACGUGUUUGAGUUAUGUAAGACCUCGGGAGCUUAAGACCACAUCAGCUGGCUCCUAAUUUAUACUUAUGCUCAAUAUUAAUGUACGUUUUGAAGGUAAUUGUGAAUGUCAAGAUACAGUUGUAGUGGAAUUCUCCCCUACAAACGCUGUUUGUCGCUGCCUAGCCGACCCCACCAAUUCCCCAGUGUAUGCCUCGUGGUCUAGGUCAACCAGCGCCGCCAUACACCACGGAGCG